AUGAGAACGUUCGGAGUGUUUGUUCUGGGGGCUGCGCUGGCCGUUGCGUCGGCGGCCUUCGUACCCAGCACGAGCCAGGUGAAGUACGCCGAAAAGGAUUUUCUCCACAAGCAGGAGGACCUGCUGCUGUUGUUCCGCCAUCUGUAUGAGAAGGAUUGGAACCCGCAGCUGGUGGCGUACGCCAAGAACUUCCACUUCAAAGAAAGCGCGGAGCUUUUCCAGCACGAACCAACGGCACCAUGGGCGAAGACCCUGUACUCCUACUACGAGCACGGUUUGCUUCCCAAGGGUGAAGUUUUCUCCGUGUACGAUGAGACCCACCGCGAGCAAGCCGUCGCUCUGUUCCGCGUGCUAUACCACGCCAAGGACUGGGAGACAUUCUACAAGGUUGCAGCCUGGGCGAGGUACUACGUGAACGAGGGCAUGUUUGUCUACGCGCUGACUGUGGCGGUUACCCAUCGGUCGGAUAUGGCUGGAUUUGCUUUGCCCGCACCGUACGAGAUCAGCCCGUAUCACUUCAUCAACACCGAAGUCAUCCAGAAGGCGCAGCAGUACAAAAUGCAAGGUUACUACGGCAUGCAGAAGGUGGACGGUGUGUACACCGUGACGAUUCCGAGCAACUAUACCGGCUGGUAUAUGCACACGAACGCCGAGCAGAAGAUCUCCUACUUCACGGAGGACAUCGGGCUGAACAGCUACUACUACUAUCUGCACACGGAUUACCCCUUCUGGCUCGGUGGUGAGCAGUUCGGUCUGAGCAAGGAUCGUCGUGGUGAGCUGUACCUGUACGAACACCAGCAGAUCUUGGCCCGGUACUAUCUCGAGCGUCUCUCGAACGAUCUUGGCCACGUGCCUGAAUUCUCCUGGCAUGCACCGAUCGCCACAGGUUACUAUCCAGAUCUGCAGUACUACAAUGGGCACAGCUUCCCGGCACGUGACAACUACUACCACGCGGAUCAGGAGGCCAACUAUCGUGAGAUCCGCCAAGUGGUGGACUACGAGAAGCGUCUGCGGGAUGUUAUCGAUCAGGGCUUCUUCGUGCUGCCAGAUGGCAAGAAGGUGAACCUGAGCACGCCCGAAUCGGUGGAUGUGCUGGGUAACCUCAUCCAGGACAACCCCGACAGCUACGAGCACCGGUUCUACAAGUACGUGGCCAUGUACGCUCGCAUCAUCAUGGGCGCGGCUAUCGAGCCGGUCGAGCCGUAUCAGGUGAUCCCGAGUGCGCUGGAGCACUACGAAUCGGCAAUGCGAGACCCGGUGUUCUAUCAGAUCUAUAAGCGCAUCGUUGCGUACUAUCACCAGUUCAAGGAGCACCUGCCGGAGUACACGUACGACGAGCUGGCCUUCCCGGGCGUGAAGAUCGACGGUGUGGUGGUCGACAAGCUGCAGACGUACUUCGAUCGCUUUGACGUGGACAUUACGAACGCGAUCGACAUUGAGCCGGAACCGUACGUGCCGGGCAAGUACGAGGGCUUCGGUGAGAUCGAGUACAAACCGGAUCCGGUCGUGAUCAAGGCUCGUACGGUGCGCCUCAACCACAAACCCUUCGUGUAUAAGGUCAGCCUGACGGCGGAGAAGCCUGGCAAGGCGGCAGUGCGCGUGUUCCUCGGUCCCAAGUACAACGAGUACGGUACGCUGUACACGCUGAACGAAAACCGCGAGAACUUCUACGAGCUGGAUUACUUCGUGCAGGAGUUGGUCGCUGGUAAGAACGUGCUCUCGCGCACUUCGGCCAACUUCAACGGAUACGUGAAGGAUCGCACCUCGUUCUACGAGCUGUACCGCAACGUGAUGGCAGGAUACAAGGGCACGGAGAAGUUUGCACUUGACAUGACCGAAGCGCACUGCGGCUUCCCCAACCGGUUGAUGCUGCCAAAGGGCAAGAAGGGUGGCAUGCCGUUCCAGCUGUUCGUGGUCGUGUCUCCGUACCAAGCACCGCAGGUACCUCAGUACACCGGAUUCGAUCCGGUGCUGUCGUGUGGCGUAGGUUCCGGUGCUCGCUACAUGGACCAGUACGCCUUCGGGUACCCGCUUGAUCGUCCGAUCGACGAGAAGGUGUUCUACGGAGUGCCGAACACCUACUUCCAGGAUGUCGUCAUCUUCCACAAGUCCGAGGGUGAUCUGUGAUGGGUGAUCCUCUCACCCAUUGCUUGGCGCGCUUGGCGGGACUGAUCAAGCUGCGACGCAAUUUUGCAUCGCCAGCCCUCCCGGUCGGAGAUGAGAUGACGACCGGGAACGUUGCUCCUGGAGUGUGUAAAUAAAACAUGCGGUAGCGAUAAUGCGAGCUGCUGCAAC